AUGGCAAUUACAGUUGAUAUUGAUUUGGCGCAGCCAACUACCGAUACAGCAUUUCCAUCUGAAUUCAGCAAAAACAUAGUUUCAUCUAUUACUUCUGUAAAUGAUUUACAUGAAAAUAAAAAGUACAAUGAAGAAAUGGCAAAAUCCUCAUUAGGAGUACAUAUCACUGAAGAAGAUUUAAGAUCCAGUAAACCUAACCAUUUCAUGAAUACAACUGAAAAUGAAAUUGAGUUAUCUGAUAGUUUGGACGAAGAUGAAGAUUCGGGAUCUGAAUAUUUGCCAUUUAAUAAAUCAAAUGAUUUAUCAUUUACUAGUUCAUUAUUACGUGAAAUGGAGAGUGAUGAAUCAGAAAAGUAUUUAACUCUAGAUGCUCCGAGCACUUCAAAAGUAAUAUUAGCUGCUGAAAAUAAUUUAUUACCUUCAACUUCUUCAAAUACAAAAUUACCAAACAAUAAUUUACGUGUGCCUUUUGUACCAAAAAAUUUUAACUUUGAUGGUGAAGUAGAAAAAAGUAGAAAAACAGCUGUUAAAAACAAAAGAAUUUGGGACAAAUUAGAUAGUUGCAUAUUUUGUGAAAAACAAGUUACAAAUUUUACUAGACACAUACUAAGAAAACACAAAGAUGAAACCGAAGUUAUGAAGUAUGAAACGUUACCUAAGGGCUCUGCUGACAGAAAACAUCUGGCUGACGUUUUAAGAAAAAGGGGUAAUUUUUUAUCUAAUGUAGAAGAAGGUAAUAAAAUAAAGCCUGUUCGCCGUCCCUAUGAGUUUGUGACUAAGCCAAUUUCUAAUAAUACAACAAAAUCUAAUGGUAGAAAUCGACCUCAAGCUGAUGGCCAAAAUUUGCUAUUAACAUUUACUGAUACAGACGAAGAACUAGUGACAAAAGUUUUUCCAAGAAUGGCAAGUGAUAAUAUUUCCUUUGUCGCAAAAUCUGAUAAAUUAAUUAAAGCUUUUGGAUCACGAUAUUUAAAAUGCCAUAAAGAAAAACAUCUUAUAGCUGUUGUUUCCCAAAAAAUGCGAACGUUGGCUCGUUUUUUAAUUUCAGUAAGAUCAUUAAUUCCUGAAAUUCACUCACUUCAAGAAUGUUUGACACCAAAAUAUUUUGAUAUAUCAAUUAAGAGUGCUAAACAAGUUGCACAAUACAAUGACAAAACAGAUAGCUUCGGAUCUCCGUCUGUAGUUUUAAAAAUCGGGCAAUCAUUGAAGCAAUGCUGUGAAAUUGGUGAGUUUAUUUUAUUAAAAGAAAGUGAUGGCCUAUGUAUGUAUUCAAAUGAAAAAAACGCGUUAAAUAGUAUAAAGUAUAUGAUUGAAAAACAGUGGUCCUUUGAAAUAUCAACUAAUGCUACCAAGGAUAUUUACCAAAAAAAAUGGAACAAACCAGCCAUUUUACCACUUACAUCAGAUAUAAAAUUAUUCAGGGAUUAUAUUGUAAAUGUAGAAAAGGACUCUUAUGAAAAAUUAAAAUUAAACCACAAUAAUUUACAAGCAUAUCGUGAACUACAAGAAAGCAUUUUGGCACAAAUUGUUUUAUUAAACCGUCGGCGGUCAGGAGAAGUACAAAGAAUUCUUCUUGACAUUUACAAUAAUUCGUUUUCUGAAAUUUCUCAAGAAGAAGUACUAAACGCCUUAUCUCCAGUAGAAUUAGAACUAACCAAAAGUUUUAAACGUAUAGUCAUUAGAGGGAAACGUGGAAGAGGAGUUCCAGUACUAUUUAGUCCUCACUUACAAAAACGUCUACAUUUCUUAACAUCCUUAAGGGAAACUGUUUGCUUUAUUGAUAAAAAUAAUCCAUAUCUAUUUCCGUUACCUCAGACAUCUGAAUCCUGUAUGAGAGUUUCUGAUAUUAUACGUAAAUUUUGUAAAAAUGCAGGAGUUAAACACCCUGAAAAUAUAACAUCGACUCGUUUAAGGAAACAUGUUGCAACAGUCACUCAGUUGUUAAAUUUAUCAGAAUCUGAUAUUGAGCAGUUAGCAACAUUUUUAGGCCAUACCAAAGAUGUCCACAAAGAGUUUUAUAGACUUUCAGACAGCGCUUUUCAGGUGGCAAAAAUGAGCAAGCUUUUACUCAUGAUUGAAAAAGGUCAAGGGGAUCAAUACAGAGGAAAAAGUAUUGAUGAAAUAAAUAUAAAUGUUAAUGAUUUAAUAUCUGGUGAAUCUAGUGAUGAAGAAAUUAUUGAAUCUCCAAACCAAGCUACUUCUACUCCAAGAAAUAAAAACAAAUUAAAAAUAACAGAAAAAAAAAUAAAACAUAAAAUUACCAUUAUACCUUGGAAUGAUGAUGAAAAGUCAAUAACAACUAAAUAUUUUAAAAAAUACAUACUAUUGGGUAAAGCCCCUAGAAAAAAAGAAUGUGAAGAAUUUCUAAAAAUAAAUCCAAAUAUUAAUAGGACUUGGAAAAGUAUUAAAGAUUUUGUACAUAAUACUGGGAAUGAUGCACAAGACACAUGUUGA